AAACCAGUUUCAACCCUGUACGCUUCUAUGGCAACUUUAUGACCGCACCAAUACACAUACUGCAAAUGUUGCAAAAACGGUGACUUAGGUCAUUUCUGUUUCAUUGUAACAUUUACCGUCCCGUCAACUGCAUGUAAUUAAACUGAGUUUAGUUUUGUGUAAAAAAAAAUCUUUGACAAAAAUUAAAAGAAAGAAAAAUGAUGUGGCUUCCCAAUUGCAAUCUCGAUGAACUGAACUGCAGUCUCGAAAUUCUAAGAAAAGAUUUAACUUCGAUUUUAGUUAUUAAAAAUAAAGAUCGUAUUCCGAUUUUGUACGAUGUUCCAAUGACCACUGACCGUAUCAUCAAGGACGAUAAACAUGGCGAACGAAAAGCCACAAAAAGCCGCAAGUACAACGACGGAAAUUUUUUGGAGGCGCUAAAUUCGUGCAACUUUUACUUAAAUGCGUUAAGUAAGGAACGAAAAUCGUUCGAUACAGCUGCGUACAGCAUUUGUAGUAACGGGCACAAUCAAACAAAGGAAGACAUUUUCCAAUCGAAAGCCGAUGUGAAAGAAUAUUUGGAAUUAUUCAAGGAAAAAGCUUGGAAAAGCUUUGCAGAGAUAAAUUCAUUUUGCAUAUCAUUGAUGAGCAUCUACAAAUAUCUGGCUUCACAUACUGCUGAGGCAGACGAAGUCUUAUACGACUUCAAGCAUUCAAUCGAAGUCUACGAACGAGCAAUAAGUUUCGACAUUUCUUGUUCAGACAACGCCGAAAAAGUAUUGUCUGCUUUGGAUAACGUUAAGAACUCGACGCGGAGCUUACACUCAUUUGUUUGGACGAUAAAAACUUUGAUGACCUAUUCAGAAACGAAGAUCGACAAAUGAAUGCCCGAUACGUCAUCAUUUCUUUCAUUUUCAGAAAAUGAUUUUGAUAAACUAUUAUAAACCCUUAUAUUUAAUGUGAAAUGUUAACUGUGUAAGUACAUUUUGAAUAACUGACAUUGAGA